AUGGGCGCAGCGUCGUCACAGUCGUGCUCGUCAUCAACGAUGACGUCAUCACUGAUGCAUGGCUCACUCGCUACUGACCCGAAUGCACAUACCUUUAUUUCGAAUUCGCGACCCACGUGCUCGUCGCCAGUCACAAAAACGAUGGCAGAUGAACCUCCACCUUCUGUCGUCAUUGCUCCUCCUCUGCCUGACGCGCCAACGUGUGUGGUCUGCGGUCGAUACGGACAAUAUAUCUGUGACGCGACGAACGACGACGUGUGCAGUCUAGCAUGUCGUGAUGUGUGCAUAAUUAGACGCAAAACGAGUACGCAAGCGACUCUGAGUGCUCAACGGCAGCAGUUAGAGGACGCGCUUCGACAGGAAGUGGGCAUCCGAAUUACCGCUGUCUCGGCAGCUGGAACAGGUCACAAACAAGAAAGACAGUCACAAGUAUGGCUGCCUCGUCUCCUCAUGGACUUCGCACAGAAGCAACAGGACGCUGAUAUAUUACCCACGGCACUAGUGACCAAUCUCUUUACUAACCACUUUGAGAGACCAACACCAGUGCAGAUGCAGACAAUUCCUUGCGUGCUGCAAGGAUACCACGUCUUGGUGAGUGCACCUACCGGGACAGGAAAGACGAUGUCAUAUUUGAUUCCUGCAAUUUCGCAGGUUUUGACCGCGAGGGAACGAAAGGAAGAGAUUAUGGCCGUGGUUCUGGCGCCGGUUCGAGAGCUUGCGAUUCAGAUUGAAAUGGUGGCUAAGAUGUUGAUGCGGGGCAUUUAUGACAUGAAGACAGCAUUGUUGGUGGGCGGAUUUCCUGUUCCGACGCAACGCUAUCGACUUAAAAGCGGAGUUCAAUUGAUCGUGGCUAGCCCCGGUCGCUUUCUCGACAUAUUUACGAAUUACAGUGGUGGCGAUACUCUUCUAUCUUCGAUUCAAGUGUGUAUUGUUGACGAGGUAGACGUCAUGCUGGACGUUGGCUUUCGGCCUCAAAUUUCGCAAAUCGUCGCGCUGCUGGCUGCGUCUGGCACGAAGAACGUCCAGCUCCUCUUUUUUAGCGCGACUAUAUCGAACGAAGUCGAAGCGUUGGUGCAGCAGGUUUUAAAGACCCAAAUUAAUCAAUCCUAUAUUCGCAUCGAUGCACGUAAGGAUGCGUGCAAGGCUGAUUCACUGAAGGGGCUGCCAAAUCUCUACAUAAACGCAAGUGCGACCCAUCAAGUCCGAUGGGCGGAAGACAAGGAAAAGAAGAACAAGUUGUUCGAGUUUUUGAGAACGAAAGGAAAUGGGUCGACGCUCGUCUUUGUAGGAUCAAAGCUCGGUGCGACUAUGCUAGCGGAAGCGGUUGAGAAGCGCUGUAACAUCAGUACAGCAGCGAUCCACUCGGACAAGACGCAGCAAGAAAGGCUUCGCCUGCUUGAGGCAUUCGUGAACUUGGAGAUCCUGGUUCUAGUGUCUACAAACGUGCUGAGUCGAGGAAUGGAUCUGCUGAACGUAGAAAAUGUGGUGGUAUACGACCUUCCCAAGAAAAUCGAGGACUUUGUCCAUUUAAUCGGUCGCACUGGUCGUGGUGGCGAAAAGGCUGGGAACACACUCACGCUCGUAAAUUUGGCAGAUCGCUUGCUCUUCCGGGAGCUCGCUUUAAUAUUGCGGCAAGCGAAUGUGUCUGUGCCCUGUGAAAUGUAUCAGAACAUUCGUUCACAAGAGGCAAAGAAGCGCGCCAAUUCCAGUGACACUGUUGUCGAUGACCAUAAGCGGGCUUUUUGGAUUAGAAAGCAAGUGAUUAACGGAACUGGCAAUGUAGCAUCUCAAUGGAAAGAAUGGGAUGAGCAAAGUCGGAAGCGGCAUAAGACAGGGUCGAAGCACGUAAGCUCCACGUAA